AUGCUCUUCUUCUUAAGAAUUAUUUUUUCUUUCCUACUAUGCAUUCUUCUUUUCUUUCAAUACCCUUUUUCUCUUCUUAAUAUUUUAUACGUCAUUAUUUAUAUUCCUUCAUUAAUUUCUUCAUUUGGUUUUCGAUUUACACUUCCUACUCUCUUUUCUGUUCUUUUCAUUAUCAUUUUAAUUCUUGCUUUAUCCCUCCUCAUCUCACUAUUCGUUUUGCAUUUUCUUUUUUCUUGGUCUUCUUUCUCUUUUCACUCUUCUUUUCAGUUUCUCACUAUUCUUCUUUUUUGUAAAUAUUUUCUCUUUUUCUUCCUCAUUUAUUAUCUAAACUUCUUCCUAUCAUCUUCUUUCUUUCAUCUCUUCCUUAUUCCCUUGUUUCUUCUGAAAAUGUAUUCCUUCUUCCCAGUUAUUACCUAUUUAUUUCUUCUUCUCAGUUAUUACCUUUUCAAUAUUCUAAUGCUCCCCUCCCCAUAUCUAACCAACCACGAAGCCUGUACACACUUCCCUUUGAUGUAUCCAUUUGGUGAAUCUGGUAUGACGAGUGUUUGUUCAAAUUUAACCAUUUCUUUCGCCUUCUUGCAUUACAGUAAUGACGGUUUCUGA